AUGCUCUGCUGUACCGAGAACCAGUACACGGGGCUGUCCACGCAGGUGCGCAUGAUCCCCGGUCUGUGCUCGGCCUGCAAGGAGAACCUGCGCAACAUCUUCUGUCAGAUGACGUGCAGCCCCAACAACAGCAUGUUCCUGGACGUCAACGAGGUGCGCAUCAUGCCCGGCGACGACGAGCACCCGGACGCCGUGUUCCCCGCCGUGGAGGAGGUCACGUACUACGUGGGCAGCGACUGGAUCCGCGACAUCUACGACUUCUGCGAGGCCGACAGCUCCUUCUCGCUGCUGUGCAACCCCAAUCAGGACUGCCAUGACGGCUACGGCCUCCUCGAGUACAUGGGCAAGUACGCCUUCAACAGCAUCGGGUCUCCGCUCCAGAUUAACGUGACGACCAUGGACAAGGUCCCCGAGAUCAACCAAAUGACCGAGUUCUGCCACUGCGACAACGUGAAUGCCACCAACUGCAUCCUGCCGCAGAACAGCAGGAUGACGUCCUGCGUCGGCACCUGCGGCUCGCUGUGUGCCGUGAGCUCGAGCGACGACCGCACGUACACAGAGUCCUGCUACGGCGCCAGCAAUGCGGUCGCCACGUCCUCCUCGGCCAGCGGAAGCGUCGGCUCCGGCUCGGACGACUCGACGUGGGCCGAGCUGAACGCGUACCUGGCCAGCAACAUCCCGGUGACGGACUGGACGGGCCUCAACUACUUCCUCGUCAUCUUCGGUGGAGCCGUCGCCCUGCUGCUCAUUGUGGGCUUCAUUGUCGCUGGCUGCCGCGAGCGGAGGGCCCGCAUCCCCAACCCGCACACGGGCACGCCCCACAUCGGCCCGUACACGCCUGAGGCUCACGGCGUGGCGCACGCGAUGGAGACGAGCAACACGCGUCUGAGCUAUCUGGACGAGCUCAUGACGAACAAGCUGCGCACGUGGGCGGUAUUCGUGUCGACGGGCAACCGGCCCAAGAAGAUGAUCCCGAUGGUGCUGUGCGUUGUCGCUGUCUGCGUUGUCGGCCUGUACAACAUUGAUAUCGAGACGGACCCGAUCAAGCUGUGGGUGUCCUCGUCCAGUACCUCGUACCAGCAGCGCCAGCACUACGGCGAGAUCUUCAACCCGUUCUACCGCUCCGAGCAGGUCAUUAUGGUGCCCAAGGACGGCGGCAACAUCUACCGCUCGUCGAUCAUCAAGGAGGCCAUCCGCGUGCAGACUGUGGCAGCCAACGUGACGUACACUUCGGACGACGGUGACGAGACGAUUACUCUGGACGACAUUUGCUGGAAGGCUACGGGCACGGGCUGCACCGUCAACUCGAUCACGCAGUACUUCCAGAACAACAUGGAGCACUUCGAGUUCUACGAGAAGUAUGGGCUGGAGAUGGAGCACUUUAGUAACUGCCUUUACUCUCCGACCACGUCGGACGUGGCGCUUUGCACCGAGUUGAAGAACGCUCUGGAGGAUGGCGACUCGCUCCCGUCGAGCAUGAGCGACUGCCCCUGCUUGUCAGCGUUUGGCUCGCCCAUGAACCUGUACAACACCUACCUGGGUGGCUUCCCUGACGGCGCUGAAAGCAACUACACGUUGUUCCUCGACUCUGUGGCGUUUGUUUCCUCGUACCUGAACUACAACUACGCUGACGACGACAAGAACGAACCUGCCAUCAAGUGGGAGCGCGAGUACAUCAAGACGAUGAAGGAGGAGGCUGCGUCCAACACGAUCUUCGACGUCUACUUCUAUGCCGAAAUCUCCGUCAACGAUGAGAUCGACGCCGAGUCGAGCAACGGUAUGGGCCCUGUGGCGCUCAGUUACUGUUUGAUGAUCAUCUACAUCUCGCUCGGUAUCAACCGCAUCAAGUUCAGCCGCGAGUUUUUCAUCUCGUCCAAGAUCGUGGCCGGUUUCUGCGGUGUCAUGAGCAUUGUGUGCGGUGUGGCGUCGACGAUCGGUAUCUACAUGUGGGCUGGAGUCAAGCUCCAGCUUAUUAUCAUGGAAGUGGUUCCCUUCCUGUCGCUGGCCAUCGGUGUCGACAACAUCUUCUUGAUCAUCCACGCUAUGACGGAGAAGGAAGACCAGAUGCGCCGUGAGCAGCCAAGUCUCUUCAUCGGUCUGGAGCACAACCCCACGGCGAUCGAGGAGAUCACCACGACGAUUCUGUCCGAGAGUCUGGCGUACAUCGGCCCCAGUAUCUUCAUGGCCUCCGCUGCCGAGUCCGUGGCCUUCGCGUUCGGUUCCAUUUCGCCGAUGCCUGUCGUGCUG